AUGACGAUCACAAAAGAAUAUAGAAUUACGCUGCCCAUUACUUUGGAUGAAUAUAGAGUCGCCCAGCUUUACUCAGUUGCUGAAAGUUCAAAGAACGAAACCGGAGGAGGAGAAGGAGUAGAAGUCCUCAAAAAUGAGCCGUACACCGCUGAAGAUCCUCAAUCCAAAAACUCAAAAGGCCGUGCCGGUCAAUUCACUCACAAGCUUUUCCAUCUUGAAUCCCGAGUUCCUGCUUUUAUCAAAAUGAUUGCCCCGAAAGGAUCCCUUACAAUUGACGAGCAGGCUUGGAAUGGAUACCCUUAUUGCAAAACUGUCAUUACAAAUCCCGGAUACAUGAAAGACGCUUUUUUCAUCGAGCUGCUAACAAUUCAUGCUAACGACGACGGAACAACGGAAAAUAUUCACGAGCUCAGCGCCUCAGACUGGAAAAAAGUCGAAGUCGUCAAGAUUGACAUUUGCAAUCCGGACCCGGCACUCAGCUCUGCUGACAAUGAUCCCAAGCUUGAUCCCUUAACAUAUGCCCAUGCUGAAUCCGGACGUGGUCCACUAACAAAAACUUGGCUAACUGAUCUUCGAAAAAUGUGCGAGGAAAUUAAAGCUGGAAGAAAAGAAAAGACUGAAGUUCCAGUUCAUAUGACUUGUUAUAAAUUGGUUUCAUGCAGAUUCAAGUGGCUCGGUCUGCAAGGACGCGUUGAAAACUAUAUUCACAAGGCGCAGCGUAGAAUAUUUACUCUUUUCCACCGACAGGUGUUUUGCUGGCAAGGACCACACGGUGAAGGAACUACCGGCUGGUACGGUAUGACAAUGGAAGACAUUCGCCGAAUCGAAGACGAAACCAAGAAGGCACUCGAUGCUGAGCGAAACAAGGGAGACAAGCGAGGCCACGGCGCACUCGAGGACUAA